AUGGCUCAAAAACAGAAACGCUCAAGGGCCGAGCAAGCACGACAAUUCCUCCAGAGCGGCGGUGUCUUACGAGAAGAUUCGGACGAUGAACUAGGCACUGAAGAUCUCCCCUGGGAAUGGAUAUACGGACCCAACAAAACCAUCAUCGGUGCCCAGAUGGGCGAUUUCAAAUGUCACAUAGGAGAUACUGUCUUGCUCAAAGCUGCCGGAAACGAAGCUUGGGUAGCCAUCAUCCAAGAUUUUUCAGAAGGCGAGAUUGAAGACGAUGAUGGAGAAAUGAUCAAUGACAUGAAAGCCUCUUUCUUAUGGUUCUCUUCCGAGAAGGAGAUUGUCAACAAGAACAAGAAAAGACAAGACUUUCUGGAGAAUGAAUUAUACAUUACUACUGGUCUGGAUGAGAAUUCCUUGAAGACCAUCAAUGGCAAGGCUGCUGUUCUCUCUGAAGAAGGCUUCAACGCAAGGUAUCCAAGCGGCAAGAUCCCAAAAGGCUCAAAAGAUCAUGGGAAAGUCUUCAUUUGUCGAAGAGGCUGUAACACUCGCACUACCACUUACACUGACGAGUUCAUAUGGGAGGAUGUAUACCGUGGAGCCGAGGACUUGCAACCUCUUUGCGAAUUGAUCGACAGCCAAACUGUACGGACUCGCAAGCGGAAGUCAACCAUCAGAGCAACCACACCAGGAGAUCUGGAUGAAUUCGUGGUGCCUGACGACGAAGAUGGCGAAACAGCUACGCCGCGAAAACGACGAAGAUUGACCUCUGCUACACCGACAUCAAGGAGCAAGCAUCCUGCGCCUCGCAAGCUCACCACUCCCACACAUCGUCGCAUUAUCGCGAAGAAACCCCUCGAGUUCACACCGCUAGGUACUCGUAUGCUCUCACCUUCUCAUACAACCGCCUCACCCCAUCAGCUCGCUCGAAGCACGUUACACGUAUCUGCUGUACCAAACGCACUUCCCUGUCGUGAAGAUGAAUUCGGCGAGGUCUAUGCACAUCUGGAGACCGCCAUCUCAGCUGGCACAGGAUCUUGUAUUUACAUCUCUGGCACUCCCGGUACAGGCAAAACCGCCACGGUGCGAGAGGUAGUGGCUGCACUCAAUGUCGCCGUCUCCGCCGACGAACUCGACGACUUUGUGUUUGUCGAGAUCAACGGCAUGAAAGUCACCGACCCACACCAAUCAUACUCUCUGCUGUGGGAAGCUCUCAAAGGCCAACGUGUCAGCGCCACACAUGCUCUCGAAUUGCUAGAACGCGAAUUUAGCACACCGAGUCCGAGAAGAGUUCCUUGUGUGGUCCUAAUGGAUGAGCUCGAUCAAUUAGUCACCAAAUCGCAGGGUGUCAUGUACAAUUUCUUCAACUGGCCUCAAUUGCGGCAUUCACGUCUUAUUGUGCUGGCUGUAGCAAACACCAUGGAUCUGCCCGAACGCACACUCAGCAACAAGAUUAGUUCACGUCUGGGGCUUACUCGCAUCACAUUCCCUGGCUACACACAUCAACAGCUCAUCAAAAUCAUCGAGAGCAGACUCGAAGGCAUAGGUCAAGUAGUAGUCGAACCCGACGCCGUCCAAUUCGCGAGCAGGAAAGUGGCAGCAGUAUCAGGAGACGCACGUCGCGCCCUCGAUAUCUGUCGUCGCGCAGUCGAAAUCGCCGAAUUUGACAAGGCAGCCGCCGAAAAAGCAGCUUUGGAAGCCACUACAGAAGAGCCCAAUGAUGAGACAACAACGAUAGCGCCAGCCAAAGCGGCAGUGAUGAAGAAAGGCGUCGUCACCAUUGCUACUAUCAAACGCGCUAUCAAUGAAGCUACUUCUACACCUUUGGCUGCUUAUCUGCGCUCUCUGCCACUGGCUUCGAAACUCUUCCUUGCUGCCCUUCUUGGUCGUUUUCGCAGAACUGGAUUGACAGAGAGCACACUCGGCGACAUUAUUGACGAGGCAGCUCGUAUGGCAGCUUUGUCGUCUUUGGUACCUCUCCAUGAUAUCUUACUCGCACCAGACACAUUCCAACCUAUUCCCUCAUUGAAUGGAGUUUCUACGCCNGGGAAAAGAGGUAGAGCGGCUGGAAAGAAAGAGGGUAAAGUAGCGAGGUUGAGGGGUAUGGGUGUUGCAGCUGAGGAAUUGGCAGAGGCUGGUAUCGUGGGCUUGGAAGUUAGAAGGGGCGAGAGAGUGGGUAGAGUGAGGUUGGGCGUUGGUGAGGAGGAGAUCAGAGGAGCUCUGAGAGAAGAUGAAGAGUGUAGAGGGCUUGGGUUCAAUGGAUAG